AUGUAUGAGAUGAAGGUCAGGUUUCGUGACACCAUCACCCAGCUCCAGGGGGGACAGCGGCUGGAACUGGAGUGUCAGACUGACAGUGAUAGUGGAGUAUCCUGGGUCCGCCAGGACAAGAAUGGGACCCUUCACUUCGUUGUCUUCAUCUCUUUCCUGUCCCGAGGGGACACCUUCAAGGGGAAUCAGAGAACAUCCACACACUUUGAGGCCAGCAAAGACAACACUAUCUAUCGGUUGGUAGUGAAGUCUUUCACACAGGAGGAUGAAGGGAACUAUUUCUGCCUCACGAACAUCAACCAAAUGUUGUACUUCAGCCAUGGCCUGCCUGCCUUCUUCCCAGUCACCACCACAGUGGCACCAAGCACACCAGGACCCACCACCCAGCGUGGCAUCACUGAAAAGGACCCCUGCCUCAAGACCUUGGAUCCAGAGACAACAAUGCAGGAAGAGCUGAAUUCCUUCUGUCACAUCUUCAUCUGGGCCCCCUUGACAGGCCUCUGCCUCCUGAUCCUCCAGCUCCUGAUGAUCACCAUCAUGCUGUGUCAACGUAAGACUCACCAGAACCCCCUCUAG